AUUGCUUGGUACAUAUUUUUGCGUAAAGCCCAUUUUCCCAAAGAAAGAAAAGAGCUGCGAUAGAAGAAAAACCCUCUUCUUCUCCUUCUUCCUUUUCCUUGAGCUUUGAUUGAUCGAAGAAAGGAUUCCCAUUAUGCCGUCUCUUCAAACAGCGCUGCCUCCUGAACUUGCCAAUAACACCAUUCGACUCUAUCGCGAAUGUCUUCGUCGAGCUAAGUAUAUUGGUAGCAAGCAAUACAACACAAAGCUGCUCGUUGAUAUGGUAAGGCAGCAGUUCAGAAGGAACAUGCAUGAGGAAGAUCCAGAGAAGAUUCAAAAGCUCAAGGAUGAUGCUGCAAGAGGUCUCAUAAAUCACAUGUUAUACGAGUCUGAGCAGUUGAGUGGCCGGAAAUUCAGCCAGAGCUCAUAGAGGAAGCGUUUAAGCCCUCGCAAUGGGCAGUUUCAAAGCACCCUCUCAUUGUUCGAAAGUUUCAUUGUAUUACUACUAUUCUACAUAAAUGAAACUAUGAAACUCCAUAGCUAAUUCUUGAAGUAGAGCUGCAGGAUGGACACUUAUUCUCAUGUUUUUAUUUGAAAUUUGAACUGAUCAUAACAUGAAUAUUUUCGAUAUUUCAAUA